AUGCUGCAGAUUGGGGGCAAGAAACAAAAGACAGGUGGACGCAAAAGCAUCCAGCGUCCGGCAGCCAGCAGCGUCCAGCAUCUAGCAGCAAGCAGCAAGCAGCAGCCAGACAAACGGUCGACCAGCCCUGCCAGCCCCAGCCCCAGUUUAGCCCAGCCCACCCAGCCCGUGUUGGAUGGAGAGGGCCUGCAGCCUGUAGCCUAUAGCCUGUACCUAGCCUGUAACCUGGGCCCCCAGCAGCCAGUCGCCUGCCAGACAGAGGCCAACCCCAACCUCCAACCUCCAAGCUGGGCGAGGGGCCCACAGAGGGGGAGACCGUGCCACCCCAGUCCACCCGACUCGCUUGCCGCACAGGGCAGGCGGUGGUCCGUAUGGCCCACGUUUUUCCCUUCACCAGCAGGGAUUGAAACGCCCGCGCUGCCGCGGUGCCUGGGGCCCUGGGAGCUUACCCCCCGGGCGCCCCCACAGGAGGUGCCCACCACCCUACUCCCACCCGCCCGUCUGCCGCCCACGCAGCCCACGUCGACGCCAACCAGCAGCAGCAGCAGCAGCAGCAGCAGUGCUCACCUCACCUCACCUCAGGGCUGGCUCACUAAGGCACGCGGUACACGGCACGCGGCACGCGGCACUGGGGCAGCUCUGACUCUCUCUCUCUCUCUCUCUAUCUCUUUGACGGCCGCAUGCGGCGUGGGUGCUACACCUGCAGGAGCAGCUGCAGGAGCCGCAGGGGAGCAGGAUGAGGAUGAGGAUUAG